GACUGGGAUGAGAUCGUGGAGAAGCUGAUCUUUGCUAUCAACAACUUGCAGGACGCCACGCGCAAGGACACGCCGUUACCUUGUAUACGGCUGGGAUGCGCGGACGACACUUCGAGCUAUGUCUUCGUCACUGAAACGAGGCCGCGUCGCCAAACCGACGCCUUGGCUUGGAGACGAGAAGUCAAUCGGCAACAGGAGAUCGCGUUGGAGAUGGCCAAAGCGUACCAGGCGACAGAGAAGGCCAAACGAGCCGAGAAGUAUAACGAGACCCUGAGUCGACGCGAACGAGAAUCUCUGCCGACGUCUGACCGAACCGAACCUUCAGGUGAAGACACUGAAACGACGAACCCGACCGAUGACUCGUCGGCCGAAACCUCGAAGUCGCUCUUCGAGCAGGGUGAUCGUGUCUGGCUCUACAUGGAGCGUGUGAAACCGGGGCUAACGAAGAACUGGGCACAUCGCUGGCAUGGCUCCUUCCGAAUCAAGAAGAAGGUGGACGAGUACGCGUAUGAGCUGGCUCUACCAGACCGGAGUGGGUAUAGAUUCUACCCAGUCGUUCAUGUGUCUCGACUGAAGAAAAUGAACGCGUAUGGGGACCGACCGAAGGCUCGGUUAGUAACUGACGUCACGGAUGGGACGAGACUAGACUUCGAUGAAGAACUCCUACCCGAAGACAGCUUUGAACCGGACCACUUCACUGGUGAGUACGAGGUGGAGGCUAUUCUGGACGAUCGGACGCCGCUCUCGACGGGCACUGAACGCGCGGUCAGAGAGUUCCAAGUGAAAUGGCGCAGCGAUCGUCGUUUGCAGAUGGUCCAAGUCGCAGACGAGGACUAG